UUUUCCGUCCACUCUGUGGCGACUCUCUGGCUCCCCUCCACCUCCUCCCACCGUGGGCGUCCUCUGACUGAGUUGGAGAGAGGGGACCCCGGGGUGGUGUCCUGGGAAAGCUUAGAAAGGGGGUCCCUGGAGAGACACCCACCACCUCCUCCUGCGUCCCCGGGGCUGCUGAAUCACCGGCGAGGAGUCUACAAGUGCUUGAAUGAACCCUACACCAGCCUCUGCCCCUGGCUGCUGGACGUGACAGCAAGGAGCCCAGUGGUUGCCCCGGGCAUGCCCCACCAGCCCUCAGCCUGAGUCGGCGCCCCGCCCCUGCCGCCGCCACCCUGCACUGUCCCGGCUCCCCCGAGGCCCCCACGCUGCAGUGCGGCCAAGACCCCUCCCCGCAGGGGCCACCCCCACAGCCCGCCCCUGGUGCCCGGGGUGGCCCGGCCCGCAGGGCCAUGAAGCUGCAGGCUGUGAUGGAGACCCUCCUUCAGAGGCAGCAGCGCGCGAGGCAGGAGCUGGAGGCCCGGCAGCCGCCAGCCCCACCUCCUGAGCCCACUGGUAUCCGGGCUCGGACCACCGUGACAGAGGAGGAGCCCGAGAAUGCCCGGAUGCAUAGGACGCAGAUGGCCGCGCUGGCUGCCAUGCGGGCCGCCGCUGCAGGCUUGGGACACCCGUCCUCUCCCCCGGCCUCCGAGGAUGGGCGCCCCGGCUCAGAGGACGAAGAUGCAGCUCGGGAAGGGACGUUGAGUUCGCCUGCCCUGCAUGGAAGAGGCCGGGAGGGACCGGGACACACGGAGGGAGAUGGACAUUUGAUGGACAUGGUGUCUGAUGACAACCCGAAGGCCAAGUGGGAAGAACAAGAACUGGAAGAGGAGGAAGAGGAGGAGGAGGAGGAGGAGGAAGAUGACUUCGAGGAGGAGGAGGAGGAGGAAGGCCUGGGCCCCCCAGAUUCUACUGGCCUGGGCUCUGCAGGCCUGUUCCCUCACAAGGCCCCAGCUGCUCAGGCUUUCCGUGGAGAUGGUGGGCCCAGGAUACUGGGCGGCCCUGAGCGCCUGGGACCUGGCCCAGCCCACCCCAGUCACGUAACACCCCAGAUGCCACCCCCGGACCAUGGAGACUGGACAUUUGAGGAGCAGUUCAAACAGCUCUAUGAACUGGACGCCGACCCCAAGAGGAAAGAGUUUCUGGAUGACCUCUUCAGCUUCAUGCAGAAGCGGGGCACGCCAGUGAACCGAAUUCCCAUCAUGGCCAAGCAGGUCCUCGACCUGUUCAUGUUGUAUGUGCUGGUGACUGAGAAGGGCGGGCUGGUGGAGGUCAUCAACAAGAAGCUGUGGCGAGAGAUCACCAAGGGGCUGAACCUGCCUACCUCCAUCACCAGUGCUGCCUUCACACUGCGGACACAGUAUAUGAAGUAUCUUUACCCCUAUGAGUGUGAGAGGCGAGGCCUGAGCAGCCCCAAUGAGCUCCAGGCUGCUAUAGACAGCAACCGUCGCGAGGGCAGGCGCCAGAGCUUCGGGGGCUCUCUCUUUGCCUACUCGCCCAGCGGAGCUCACAGCAUGCUCUCCUCACCCAAGCUUCCGGUGACUUCUUUGGGCCUUGCCGCCAGCACCAACGGCAGCUCUAUCACCCCAGCGCCCAAGAUCAAGAAAGAGGAAGACUCGGCCAUCCCCAUCACCGUCCCAGGCCGCCUGCCUGUGUCUUUGGCCGGCCACCCUGUUGUAGCAGCCCAGGCAGCUGCCGUGCAGGCGGCGGCAGCCCAGGCAGCAGUCGCGGCACAGGCAGCUGCUCUGGAGCAGCUCCGGGAGAAGCUGGAAUCCACGGAGCCUCCUGAGAAGAAGAUCGCCCUGGUUGCGGAUGAGCAGCAGCGUCUCAUGCAGCGAGCCCUGCAGCAGAACUUCCUAGCCAUGACGGCGCAGCUGCCCAUGAACAUCCGGAUCAACAGCCAAGCCACUGAGAGCCGCCAGGACUCGGCUGGGAGUGUCGCCAGUGCCAACGGCAGCAAUAGCAUUAGCAUGUCAGUGGAGAUGAAUGGGAUCCUGUACACAGGGGUGCUGUUUGCCCAGCCACCGCCCCCCACACCACCCUCCGCCCCCGGCAAAGGUGGCAUCAGUGGCAUUGGUACCAACAACAGCGUGGGUAGCCGGACGGGAGCCAGUGGCGGGACCAGCAGUGGCAGCCAGGUGGGGCUGGCUGGGGUGUCUGCGCCCCCCACGACUUCUACCUCAAAUAACUCCUUGCCUUAAAGGAAAACAAGUCACACUGCUGCCUACCCGCCACGCCAACGGGGACCACACAGCCACACGGGGGACCUGGGACGUCCGUAGAAUCCCAGCGGGCUGGGCAGAUUCCCAA